GCUCGCGGUGCCGGUGAGGGUGCGGUGCGGGCGUGGUGCAGCUCAGGCUAGUGCUGGCUCCUCCGGGGCGGACCCUUCAGGCCUAGCACUGGCUAGCAGGCGCUGCGAGCUGGGACCUGGACAUGCGCGAGGGCUGCAGGCUCACACUUUCUUGUCUGCCCACGCACCUCUGCCCGCCAGCGAUGGUGCCCACGACCGUCGUAUUCUUCCCUCGCACGCCCGCCGCCUAACGCUCUCGGCCUGCCCCGUCGCCUGCGGAUGCCCUCGGUGCCCUCGGUGCGCCCGCACUGUCCCCGGCCCCCCGUGGUCCCAGUCGGAACGUCGCCGCAUUCUUCGCGCAGCCAUCAUGGCGACCGACCGCGCACGAGAGCUCGAGCGCGUGUACCAGAUGCGCCGCGGCCACGUCCCCCACAUCUCCAUUAGCGAUGACAACCACCACGUCACCGAGGCCAUAGGCGACCUGUACGGCGGCGACAGCGACACCGACUCGCCCAAGCGCAGCUCGCGCCCGCUGAGCUUCCUGCCCGACUCCCUGAGCGAGAGCAUCCACACCCCCUUCAAUCCCUUCCCCGACAUGGCCCCGCCCGCCCGCUCGCCCCUACGUCCGCAGCUGCACCCCGACAGCCCGCCGCACAUGGCCGCCAGCCCCAAUGGCGCCUCUGCCACGCCCGCCCACCGCAACGGCCAGCUCUCGCCGCCGCUGUCCCGCACCCCGUCCGACACCGCCACCCAGCAGUUCCCCCUCAACGACCUCGACUACGAGUCGAGCCCCGCCGGCCUCGCCCAGGAGCUGAGCAACCUGCAGGCCAUCCGCCGCAUGUCCAUGGACGUCCACAAUGCCGACCCGGACCUGCCCUCGUUCCAGUCCUACAGCUCCGGCCCCGUCUCGCCGCCUGCCGUGUCCGACGACGAGGGCGAGCAGCUGUUCUGGGUGCCCGCCCGCCUGCACCCCGAGCUGGCCCCCAAGGAGUUUAAGACGUUCAUCGAGGAGAAGGUCCACACCAUCCGCCGCCGCUCUGGUGACCUGAGCUCCUCGCUGUCCCCCGACGGCUCGCUCGGGCGGCAGGACUCGGCCGGGGGGCUGCGCCGGAAGAAGUCUAUGCUCUCGCGCCAGAUCGACACCGGCUCUGGCUACAAGGACGGUGCUGAGCGGCUGGAGAGGAAGCGCUCAGGAACUCGCCAUGACGACGACCUGUCGAACAACCUGCAGCAGCUGGAGAACAUCGUGGAGGACCCAUCCGGCAUCGUCAGACGUAUGAGCAUGUCCAGAAGCCCCACCCCGGAGUCCAUCGAAGGAGCUGUACCCGUCAUUCCUGGUGCUAUGGGUCCCGGCUUGGGUUCGCUGAAACGAUCGACUCGCACCACAUAUAGGCGAGGCAGUCUGCGGAGCCAGGGUCGAGGGGUGCCGCUCUCGAGACGCCUGGUGAGCCGUAACGCCGAAACAGACACAGAAGAGUCACCAUCUACUUCACCGACGCAGCCCGACGUGCCUGAGCUGCCUAAGCUUCCACAGAUAAACCGAGUACAAUCAGAGCCCAUCAAUGGCGCCUUUGAGCCCUCGAACUUCUCUCGACCGAACAGGAAGAAGUCGUCAGUGGAUGAAGAGCAGCGGCCUGGCUCUGCUGAGCCCCGACCAGGCUCUGCUGAAUCUCAGCCCCGGCCUGGAUCAGCGGGAGCUGAAGAGGAGCGGAAAGGGCCGAAGCCACGAGCGUUCCACUCGAGGAUUGCGUCCAAUGGUCGAACAAGCGCCCACCUGCCGGGCUACAACGCGCCUGCCCCCACACUAUCAUCUCCAGUACCGCAGAUCAUCGAGACCCCUCCGCCCCAAGAGCCAGAGCGCAUACAGCAAUACCAGCUUCCUGAGCGUACAACCUCACGCCAGCCGCCCCCACAGCAACAGCCUCCUAGACAGCCGCAGCAGCAGCCACCCAGCCAGCAGCAACCUAACGGACCCCGGGUCCAAGCUCAACCUCAACCUCCACCUCAGCAGCAACGUCAGUCUCCUGUUAGCCGCCAGAACAAGCAUGCUCAGGCGGCUCAAAACUCUCCAAUCAAACCGCAGCAGUCGCUUGACGAUUUGACGCAGCACCCCUCGCCCAUUCCCGGCAAUCACAGCACAAGGGUCGAUAACCUUUCCAUAAUCCCAAGUCUUCCUGAAGAGAAAAAAGAUAACAAGAAACUGAAAGAGAAGAAAGACGAUCCUCCCAGGAAGACAAGUUGGGGCUGGCUGGUCGGCAACGACAAGAAGGAGAAGGAGAAGGAGGAACGCGAGAAGGAAAUGGCGAAGAAAGUCAAGAACAAGCUCAGCAAGCCACAGGAGAAGGCUGAUGACACACGACUCGACCUGUUGCAGUCCUCCAUGCAAAAUGGCCAACGUGGGCGGGAGAGUGUUGUCCUCGACCGCGAGAGCGUCAAGCUGGAGGAGGAGCGCAAGAAGGAAAGUAACAGGAAGGCGUCCAGCGACAAGAAAGAAAAGGAGCCUGGACUGCUCUCCUCCAUCUUCGGCGGCGGUAAGAAGAAGAGCGAGAAGGAGUCGAGUCACAAGAAGAACGCUUCGCGUGGAUUGUCUCCCGAGCCACCGCCACGCAUCCUCAAACCCGAUAUCGACUACAACUGGACUCGUUUCUCUAUCCUCGAGGAACGUGCAAUCUACCGAAUGGCUCACAUCAAGCUGGCAAACCCUCGUCGAGAACUCUACUCCCAGGUCUUGCUCAGUAAUUUCAUGUACUCGUACCUUGCCAAGGUACAGCAGAUGCACCCGCAGAUACAAAUCGGCAACUCGAAACAGGCCAAGCUCGCUGUAGCGCAGCAAAAGAAAGAGCAGCAACAGCAGCAGCAACAACAGCAGCAGCCACAAGCUCAACAGCAGCAGCAGCAGCAGCCACAACAACAACACCAACAGCAGCAGCAGCAACAGCAACAGCCUGACGAGUUUUCACAGUAUCAGCGAUACCAGCAGCAACAGCAACAGCAGGAACAGUCCGAGAAGUCGAACGAGUGGCCCAGCGCCCACGGCCAACAGGAGCACGCCCAGCAGCAAGUCAACGGACAGCAACAGCAGAAGUACGGACAGAGUCCUCGUGACAGCCAUCACUCGCAGCACAGCAUGAACGGCGGAGGCUACAGCGUCUCAAACAGCUCAAACUACCUCGGACAGCCUGUUAAGCAGGGCCAGUCGGACUCUGAUAGGAGCGGAGACGAUGACAUGUGGUAGAUAUCAAGCAUGACCCAUCCAUCUCGCUGCGUUUGCUGAGCAUCACCUACUUUCUCGGCGGAGCGGACAGCAUGGGGAUUAUGUCCGCAGAUCGCACCUUUCCCUUAACCUGUAUCAUAUCAAUCUUCUUCUAUUUGGCGCGCUAAUUUUUAUUACAACACUUGCAUUUGCUUCUGUUUUCAUACCAGGAGUAUAGUAGGGCUGUAGCGGGGCGCACACGGAUGUAUAGAAGGGGAGGAAUAAACGAACUGUACGGUUGUUCAUGUAGGAUGCACGUACGAUCAGGACCGGCGUAGUUGUAGGACUUACGAGCUGCGUGGGCGUACCUGCACAGAGGCAUAUACGACGAAUAGUACCGAAUCUUGGAACAUCCUAUUCAACCACA